AUGCUUAGUCAACUUCGACGAGGACAUCAUCACGAAUUUAAUGAUCCAAUGUCUGCACGUACGACGAAGAAUCAUGGAGAACAUUGGAAAUCUUCAGAUCGAGCAAAUUCAUCUAUUCUAAAUAAUAAUAUAUUACCAAAUGCUUAUUCACCACGAUUAAAUACUUCUACAAUUACUCCUGAUUUAUCACGAGCAUUUCGUGUUGAUGCUUAUCUAUUAGCUAUUAUCCGAAUUGAAUAUAAACGAAAUAGUUUUUAUUCAACUGAUGUUGUUAGUAAGUUACGACAAAAGGAACAAACACAAAGUUUCAUUAAUAAACCAUGUUCUCUUCUUGUUACUGAUCGUUCUCUUAUUAUAUAUGAUCGAGGAACUCAAGUUAUUGCAGAAACUAUUCCACUUGAGAAUGUUGAUCCGACAUGUGUCUAUUCGGAUGUACCAGAUACACUUAAUGAUAUAUUUAUGUAUCGUUUAUAUGAUCGACAUUCAUCAACAGCAACAAAUCAAUCUACUAGUUCACAUAAAAAUGAUUUAUCAUCUGUUAUUGUAUUUAAAUGUACAAAUAAAGAAUCAAAAUUACUUGUUGAUAGCAUUCGAAAUGCUAGUGGAAAAUUAUUAAAAACUCCUAGAAGUGCUCGAUCGGAAACACGAAGUACAAUUGAUCGUCGAAUAACUGAUGCAGGAAGUAUGGCAUUCUAUGAUCCAUUACAAUUACCCUAUGAUCAUUCUUCCAUGAAUCCAACAUAUGUUGUUGGUCCUCAACAUACAUCACGUGCGAUGGCUCAACAAAAUUCAUCAAUAGUUUCAACUGAUUAUUAUACACGUUUAACCGAUGAAUUAAAUAAAUGUUUUGAUGAUAUUGAAUUAUUUGUUCGUUAUCUUGAAGCAUUAAUGGAAUAUACAAGAGAAUUAGAUCGUGAUUAUCGACGAAAAGAUAAAAAACCAAUUGUCGGUUUAAAACAAAUGGUUGAAAAACUUCCUGAUGAUAAAUUUUUUAUUGAUAUUUUACAAAAAUUUAAAUAUUCAUUUAAUCUCUUAGGUGAAUUAAAACAUAUAAUACAUAAUCCAAAUGCACCUGAAUUAAUUCAUUAUUUAUUAUCACCAUUACAAUUUAUUGUAUACACAUUACAAACAAAACAUCCUAAUCAAUUACAAUUAGCACAAGAUAUAUGGACACCUACAUUAACAAAAGAAACAAAAGAAUUGCUAUUUAAUUGUUUAACAUCAAAAGAACAUGAUAUUCUACGAAAUCUUGGUCCAGCAUGGAUUCGAACAACUGAAGAAACACCACAAAAAUUUAUUGAUUAUCGACCUGUAUUUUUUGAAGGUCGUUCAUUAUGGAUUCAGGAACCCUUGAAUGAUCAACCAUUACAAUCAGCACGUAGUAAUGAUGAACGUCAAUCAUCUGUUUGGUCUUCAGCUCGACAAACUAAUCCAAAUAGUAAUAAUAAUGGUUCAUUAAUAAAUCAUAAUACACGACAACCUUCUCCAACAGCACGUAUUGAUACAUCAACUAUUGAUCGUUCAGUUAAAAAUGGUGGUACAUUAGAGAAUUAUAAUACACAUAUGCAAAAUGAACAUGCUUGGGCUAUUGAAAGAAAACGUGCUGGUGCAAAAAUUUAUGCAGUUCGAGCUGAUCGUAAAGGACAAAAUCAUAAAGAAUUAACUGUACGACGUGGUGAAUUAGUUGAAAUUGAGAAUAAUUCAAAGAAAUGGUGGCUUGCAAGAAAUUUUCAUGGUGAUACUGGUCAUAUUCCUCAUAAUAUUGUUGAAGAAAUUGAAAUAGAACAACGACCAAUUAAAACGGCAUCAUCGAAUACGUCAGUUAAUAUUCCACGUGUAUCAAAUGUAUUCAAUGGAGAACAUACGGAUGUACAUCAACGUAAUGGAAAUGAUUAUACACAAUAUAUUGUUCGUUCACCAUCUCAUGGAAAUAAUUUUAUUAUGCAAUCAAAUAACAGUACAACUACAAAUCCAACUGUGAUGAGAGAUCAAUUUUUUCAAGAAACAAUUUUAUCACCAGAUUCUGCUACACUUCCAUCACCAUCGUCACUAAUUCCAGCACCACCACCAAUGCCAGCAGAUUUUCUAACGAUUCGAUCGAAUCCAUGGUCAACAUUACAAACAUCAAAGAGUAAUAACAAAGGACGACCUCGUUUAGACAUAGAUCUUUCUCCUACACAAGUAGAUGAAUUGCAGAAAGAAUUGGCCGAACGUAUAACAGAUCGAGUUGGUUUUAUAAGUCAAAAAUCAUCCAAAGAAGAUGUUCAACGAUGGUUAACAUCAAAACAUAUCUCCACCAAACUUGCUCAAAAUUUAUAUGGUAUGAAUGGUCAACAAUUAUUUGAAUUAUCUAAAAGUACACUUGAUGGAUUUACAAAUGAAACUGAAUCAGCUCGAAUGUAUGCAUUACUUGCACAACACAAACAGUUAUCUGGUUUUAAAUCUGCUAAUAAGCGAGAAAAACCAACAGAACAACAUAAUAGUAGUUUUAAUUCACUUCAAGCAAGUACAAUCAAUUCUCGGAAAGCAAGUACAAUUAACGAUGCUGAUGACAGUUUUUCUUUACGACCCGAUGAUACUUUAAAUCGUUCAUUAAAAUUUAAAUUAAAACAACGACGUGAUAAAAUUGAACAAUCAGAAACAGCUAAACGACUUGUAUUAUAA